AUGCUGUCAGAUAUGGCGUCACCCGAUCAAUGGAGAACCUUCGUCCAGCGAUGUCUGGCACAUCGCGUAGACGUUGAUGAGUUCAAGGAUCUAUCAAAGUUGAUGCAGAGUCGAUCACCAUUGAAAGAAAAUGACCUGCUAGAUCUUCUGCUCGAGGCCCGCGCCGCAUCCAGCAUCGCCUGGGACCCGCUCUUGCCGGUCUACGUCGAUGGGCUGUGCAAGGUCGGUCAGGUCAAGGCGGCGUCAGCAUUGAGAAGACUACUGGCGCACUCGUCCAUUCGCCAAAAAUCGGAAUCAAAGCCCAAGAUGUCAACUUUAAUGACCGACAUCAAGGUCAUUCAGGAUGUCAUGCUUUCCAUCUCAGCUGGGACAAUCCCCAGGCGCAUCGCAGAGGCGGCAGAGCUUUUUGACGCGACGGUGGAAUGGAUCAUGGCUAUUGUUGAAUGGCACAAUACCAGUGUCUCACAGCAAACCGGUGGUCUGAUGAGCUCCCUCGACGCCGUAUCCUUGUUUGAGUCGCUCGGUAUCUUACUGGCGGCUUUGUCCGGCACAUCCAAGGGUCUGGAAACACUAUCCAGUGACUAUCAUCAAGAGUUUAAAACAAAGCUUGGUCAGGCUCUCACCUCUUAUCUACCUUUGUGCGUCGACGUGUCCCUGCCUCUGCGGCACAGGCUAGACGCACUGCAGAAGGAGUUCAAUCUGUACGGAGAGCAACCUUCGAAGCAAUUGGACCAUUCGGCUAUCGAGGGCAUGAAUGUCAAUGCCCUUCAGUUUGAGGCUUCGGUGAUGGACGGGCCGCUCAUCAACACUAGAGCUGGUCUCUACGUGUAUCUCAACUCCAUGCUUGUGGGACGUCCGUUGGUUGAUGACUCGAUUUUAAUCAACUAUCUCACCAAUCGCUAUGAAGGCCACCAAGAAGUCUUGGUGGUGGAGAUCACAACGGCCGCCUUCGACGUCCUAUGCAAUGGCGUCCACCGUAACGAGUCCAGCCGGACAAUGUUCCUGUUCCGGACUUUCCUGGUUAACAAGCUCCCGGCCUUCUUUGUCGCACUGACUGCAGCAUCGAUGGUGCCUAUUCCCAUGGAGAUGUGCAUCACACAAGCGCUCAGCCGGCUUGAUCCAAAUUCGUUCCCCUCCUUCUCUCAAAUGUUCUCCAUGCAAGGGAGUAGCAUUCUCUCCGAUGCCCGCCAGGAGUUCCUAUUUGCUUGUGCGUCUCACAGACUCAUCCAGGAGUCUAGCAUUGAGCGGCUGCUAGGAGAGAACCCUAUGCAGACCGUACCAGUGGGCGGUCCUUACCAGAAGGACGACCUCGUCUCACAAAUCAACAGCAGACCCGAGCGCGCUGAGCAGUUGAUCGGUGAGAUCGAGUCGAUGGAGGGCAAUGCAGGUGCCAUUGUCGGUGCUAUCACUGAGGUCAUGUUCAAUCUCUGCAACCAGAAGGAGACAAUGACUCUGAAAAACAUCUGCAACUCCCUUUCUCGACGCCCACAAACCUUGGAUGUCAUCCUCUUGUUCCGGACUACAAAGCAAGUCCUGCAGCCUCUUUGCACUCUAUUAGAUUCCUGGCGAUGGGAUGAGGAUCAAGGCGAGAACCAGCCCGUCUACGAUGAAUUCGGCAGCAUCCUUCUACUGGUGCUUGUCUUCAAGUACCGAUACGACUUGAGCCCCGCUGACAUGGGCAUCUCGAGCAACGACUCGUUCUUGUUGAAACUGCUGGAUCGCGGCUCUUGCAGCCAGAAGCUGACCGAGUUGAGUGAGAAGCAGAACAAGGAUCUUGGUGCGUGGAUAGGGGCUUUGUUCAUUGCUGAAGGUAUCAAUGAAGAGACUAUGUCAACGUGUAGCCCGCAGGAAUUCUACAUGCUUGUUGCGACUUUGUUCGAUCAGAGUCUUGGAGCCUGCGAAUCAGGGAAGAUGGACUUUGAGACGCUCAAGGGCGGAUUUGAAUAUCUUCUUGAGCCCUUUUUGCUCCCAUCUCUAGUUGUCGCACUUACUUGGCUCGGCAACCACAUCUGGCAAUCAGAAACCGAGCCCGAGAUCCCUCUGAAGACACUGUACUCUCUGAUCAAGCCCAGCUCCAUUUCUGGUGAAGCGCAAGCCAUUCACAAAACUGUCUUGCAUAUCACCGCUCGCCCAUUGGAGGAACAACUGAAAGACGUUCGGACAAGACACCAAGCUCGGCAAAAUAUUGACAAGAUCUCGGACAUCAAACCAAUCCUUGACGCCUUGGAUCCAUACCUGUCCUUCCGACGCGUCGGUAGCUGUCUUCGCUCGGAACUCGAGAUUUGGGCCGCCCCAGCAGCAGGCGGUUUCCCUGGCAGUAUCCGUGGGGCUCUCCAAUCUCUCACCUUGUGGAGCGCAAGCUCGGAAAUCUCCCUUCAACCUCAGUCCUACACCCACCGUCAGCUCCUCGCAGGAAUCCGCAUCCUCGGCUCUGCGCGUGUCCUAAGUGCACUAAUCGACGAGCUCAAACAACAGACCGAAGCGGGCAGCGGUGACCUUGCGCUGGACAUCGCGGCAACCAUGAUCUGCGCCCCCAUGCCUGAGUCCUUCGCUGUCGACCAAAACAUCUGUCACCCAGUCGAUCCGACCAAAGAAUCCCUACCACGCUGCGCAAUUCUCACCCUUCGCGACUCCCUCUCCCUCCAACACGAAAAUGUACCCAAGAUCUCCGAAAAAGAUGCCCUCCGCGCAGAAGUCAUCGUCCGUCUCUGGCGUCGUGUCGGCCUCCUCGCUUCCCCACCAUCUCGUGUGUCCAACAUUGACGUUAGCAACAUCAUUCAAAACAUGGAACUCGGCGUCGAUAGCCAGGAUCGCAUGAACCUUGACGCCACGGGUGGUGGCGUUGGCGGUACUGGCGUCGGCGACGACGAUCCGGGCAAUAUUGACCAGAUGCUUGACAAGGCUGCAGCGGCUGCCGCGGCUGGAAUGGAUGGUGGCGUUGGUCAAGACAUGGGGCUUGAUGGGGGCGUUGGCGGGAUGGAUGCGAUCGAUGAUGUGCUCAACGCCGCGGAUAUGGCGGUGGGUAAUCCCGAGUUCCUGGAUCUGGAUAUGGAGGGCAUGUUUUAG